UGCUUGACUGGUGAGGAAAUUUUUUCUUUGCAUGGGUUACCGAACAACAGUCACAUAUCAAAUUCAAGCUUCUCUACAGUAUGUCCUGCUGUUUUGCAACAGUUAAUUUUUCGUCCGUGUGAUCGUCAGGAAAACUUUGUAGAUACAUCUAAACCACAUUCUUUACAAGUCUGGGGAUUUGGGUUCCUGGCUGUGACUAUCAUUAACUUGGCAUCGCUUCUGGGAUUGAUUUUAACUCCCCUCUUAAAGAAGUCAUAUUUCCCCAAGGUUUUAACCUACUUUGUGGGCUUGGCCAUUGGGACUCUCUUUUCUAAUGCAAUUUUCCAGCUCAUUCCAGAGGCAUUUGGAUUUGAACCAAAAGUAGAUAACUAUAUUGAAAAAGCAGUUGCUGUGUUUGGUGGAUUCUAUAUUCUCUUCUUUGUGGAAAGGAUUCUUAAAGUGAUAUUGAGGAUCUAUGACCAGAGUGGCCAUGGCUCUGAAAAUGGUGAACACAAUCGUUCUCAGGAUAAGACUAAGCCACCCAAACCACUGUCAUCCAGCAAUGGGGGGACGUGCUACGCAAAUUCAGCUGUCAUAGAAAGCAAUGGAAAUCUCGGGUUUGACAGCAUCAGUGUGGUCUCAGCACAGGAAGAAGCCACCCAAGGCAGCUUAUGCAAGUGUCUUAAAGGGCGCCCACUGUCAAAGAUUGGGACCAUUGCGUGGAUGGUGACACUGAGUGAUGCUGUACAUAAUUUCAUAGAUGGUUUGGCUAUUGGUGCUUCUUUCACGUUGUCUCUGUUCCAAGGGCUUAGUACCUCUAUAGCCAUCUUGUGUGAAGAGUUUCCUCAUGAACUGGGGGAUUUUGUCAUCUUGCUGAAUGCAGGAAUGAGUACUCGGCAGGCUCUGUUUUUCAACUUUCUGUCUGCAUGUUCCUGUUACAUUGGGCUGGCUUUUGGGAUAGUAGUAGGUAAUAACUUUGCUCCUAACAUCAUCUUUGCCGUGGCCGGUGGAAUGUUCCUGUACAUCUCUCUGGCAGAUAUGUUCCCAGAGAUGAAUGAUAUGCUGCGAGAUAAAGUGACAGGAAGAAAGAUGGAUCUCACAUUCUUCCUCAUUCAGAAUGCUGGUUUACUAACGGGGUUUACUGCUAUACUGAUGAUUACCUUGUAUGCAGAGAGUAUUGAGCUGUGA